AUCAAGUAAGGUGUUGUUUCCCUCUUCACCUUCAUCAAUGUCCAAAAAUUUCACCAACAAAAAACAUAACCCACACACAACACAGCCAAAUAAAACCUUAACAAACCGACAAAACAACAACAACAACUGAAUCUAAUCUAAAAAAACAUUAAAUUCUCCGAUGAAACGAAACCACAGUUCCCACCACCACAACCACCACCACCAAAACCACCACAACAACCACCAGAAUCCACCACGAAAAUGGCUCAUAAUCCCAACCUUAACAAUCUCUCUCCUUAUCUUCUUCCUGAUCAUACUUUUCCCUCAUUCAAAACCCUCUUAUUCAUCUUCUUCUGAAAAUCCAAAUUUUACAACCCAUUUCAAUCUUCCAAAACUACCCAAAUUUGCAUACUUGUUAACAGCAACAAAAGGGGAAGUUUCACAGCUCAAAAGGGUUCUUCAAGCAACGUAUCAUCCAAGAAACUAUUAUCUUCUUCAUCUUGAUCUUGAAGCUUCUGUUGAAGAGAGGGUUGAGAUUGCAAAGUAUGUGAAAUAUGAGAAAGUUUUUGGUGUUUUUGGGAAUGUUAUGGUUGUUGGUAAAGGUGAUUUGGUUACUGUUAAGGGUCCUUCUAUGAUUGCUUCUACUCUUCAUUCUGUUGCUUUGUUUCUUAAAAGGGUUGGUGAUUGGGAUUGGUUUGUUAAUCUUAGUGCUUCUGAUUACCCUCUCUUCUCACAAGAUGAUCUCUUGCAUAUCUUUUCAUUCAUGCCUAGGGAUAUAAACUUCAUUGAGCAUACAAGUAAUUUGGGUUGGAAAGAGUUUCAAAGAGCCAGACCUAUCAUUAUAGAUCCGGGUUUAUAUCAUUCAAGGGUAUCUAGUGUUUACUAUGCAAAAGAAAAAAGAUCUCUCCCAUCUUCGUUUAAGUUAUUCACAGGCUCUGAAUGGGUUGUCCUUACAAAACCAUUUCUCGAGUUCUGUGUAUGGGGUUGGGACAACCUUCCUCGAACUCUCCUCAUGUAUUAUACAAACUUCCUUUCAUCGAACGAAGGCUACUUCCAUACCGUCAUAUGCAAUCACAAGGAUUAUCAAAACACAACCAUUAACAACGAUCUGCGUUACUUAAGGUGGGACAACCCACCAAAACAACAACCAUUGUCUUUGAAAUUAGAGCAUUUCAAAGACAUGGCGCAUAGUGGUGCGCCUUUUGCUCGGAAAUUCGACAAGGAUGAUCCCGUUCUUGAUAAAAUCGACAAGGAACUGUUGGGAAGAUCGGACGGUGGCUUUACUCGUGGUGGUUGGUGUAUUGGUGAUUCUCUCAAGGGAAAAGAUCCUUGUGGUAUUUAUGGAAAUCCUAUUGUUGUAAAACCUAGUUUAAGAUCCAAGAUUCUAGAGAAAUUGAUGUUGAAACUAUUGGAUUCUGAAAAUUUCAGGUCUAAACAGUGUAAAUAGUCUUUGACUCUUUGUUAUUAAUGUGAAAAUUUAAUUUUGUGAACA